GCAUGGGUUACGUGCUGAGGCAGAGGGAUCUACAUGUAGUGAAAUGCAAAGUUUUUGAGGGAAUAGGGGGACAGGGAUCAGAGAGAGCUCAAUGGAGGGAAAUGCCCUGUCCGAGUACUGCCGAGGAAGUCAGAGAUGAGGGGCAAGAUUUUUGCUGUGGGCUUCUGAACCUGCCGUCAGACUGAAAUAUUGAUUCAGAAUGACUGCUGGAAAAGCUACGAUUGGGAAGCUUGCCCCUGAUUUUGACGCCACUGCAGUGAUGCCUAAUGGACAAUUUGAGCAACUCAAACUGUCUAAAUACAGAGGAAAAUAUGUAGUCUUCUUUUUCUACCCACUUGAUUUCUCCUAUGUGUGUCCAACUGAGAUUAUCGCUUUUAGUGAUCGUGUAGAAGAUUUCAACAAGAUUAAUUGUGAAGUAAUUGCUGCUUCUACAGACUCCCAUUUUGCUCAUUUGGCUUGGAUCAACACGCCAAGAAAGCAAGGCGGACUUGGUCCAACAAAAGUCCCUUUAGUAUCAGACCUCCGUCGUACGAUCUGUGUAGAUUAUGGUAUCUUAAAAGACGACGAAGGUGUUGCUUUCCGAGGUUUGUACAUCAUUGAUAAUACUGGUGUCUUACGUCAGAUCAUGAUCAACGAUCUGCCUGUUGGGCGUUCAGUGGAUGAGGUCAUGAGGCUGGUUCAAGCAUUCCAAUUUACAGAUGAGCAUGGUGAAGUUUGCCCUGCUAAUUGGAAGCCUGGUGCUGACACCAUCACACCUGAUGUAGAAAAGAGCAAGAAUUACUUUGCAAAACAGAAAUAGCUUCCAGUUCGUUUAUAGUUCAUUGUAACCAAUAUGGGAUAUUAAUCUGUUAAUUGUGUGGCUGAAAUAAAGAGUUGUUUUUAGUGAGCAGGUAUUUUGCUGCUGUUUGCUGAGACCAAAACUGAUAGGUAUGAGGGUACAUUUUAUGCAUUGAAGCUCUCUGCACUGAGCCUUGCUUGAUGAGACAUGGAUUGGAGAUUUGGCAUAGAGAUGAAUCUGCCCAAUAUGCGUACUCCUGGUUUUCCAGUAAUUAAUUUCAAUCACUGGAAAAUCAAGAGGCUGUGAGUUGGAUGUGCUAAUCCCUGUGUCUGAUUUUCCAAUUGUUGGCCUCAUGGAGUGAAGCUCUCGUCCAGGAGCAAAGUCUUGCAAAAUUUACCCUGUGUCUGACAAAAUCGGUUCCAACUUGUGUAUUAGUUCUAAUGAAUGUUCUCUUCUGUAGCUAAAAUGCUCCAAUGUUUUAUAGGUGUUGGAGCAUAGUAAUGACUUUGAAUAAACCAGUGCUGUUUGAGUAAAAUUCAUUGCAUAUUUUGUGCAUUUGU